AUGAAAAUACAAGAGAUAAAUCCAUGGAGCAAGAAGUUGAAAGAAAAAAACUAUAUAUAUCUAUAUAUAACCAACUAG